AUGCUAAUUCCGGGUUUCGAUGCAACUCGAUUUCCACCGGAAUUCUCGAUCUCACGAAGAUUCGGCACGCACUUUGAGACGGAGGAGAAAGUUGAUAAAUCUGACUUCCUUAGCAUUCAGAAUAGAUCAACGAAGUUCGUUAAAGUUGAAAUUCAGAGUUUAGAU